AUGCGGCUCGACGUCAAGAGGCAGCUAUUUGCCCGCUCCGAGCGGGUAAAGGGGAUUGAUUUCCACCCUACAGAGCCUUGGAUUUUGACAACCUUGUACAGUGGUCAUGUCUACAUCUGGUCUUAUGAAUCACAGUCUAUCAUCAAAACAUUCGAACUCACCGAUGUCCCCGUCCGCGCCGGUCGAUUCAUUGCGCGGAAGAACUGGAUUGUUUGCGGCUCAGAUGACUUCCAGCUCCGUGUCUACAACUAUAACACCUCUGAAAAAAUCACCUCCUUCGAAGCACACCCCGAUUACAUUCGUUCUAUCGCCGUCCACCCUACCCAGCCGUUUGUGCUCACAGCCUCCGAUGACAUGACAAUUAAGCUUUGGGAUUGGGAGAAGGGCUGGAAGUGUGUGCAGAUCUUCGAAGGCCACAGCCACUAUGUAAUGGGAAUGUCCAUCAACCCCAAGGACACCAACACUUUCGCAUCUGGAACCUCGGCUCCCCCCCACGCCAACUUCACCCUCGAGGCCCACGAAACGAAGGGUGUCAACCAUGUCGACUACUACCCCCAGGCUGACAAGCCCUACCUCCUCACAACCUCCGACGAUAAGACCGUGAAGGUCUGGGACUACACCACAAAGGCACUCAUUGCAACCCUCGAGGGCCACACAAGCAAUGUUUCUUUCGCAUGCUAUCACCCCGAAUUGCCCGUCAUCAUCUCAGGUUCCGAGGAUGGUACUAUCAAGAUCUGGCAUGCCAACACCUACCGCCUGGAGCAAUCAUUAAGCUAUGGUCUGGAACGGGCAUGGUGUGUUUCCUACCAGCGGGGCAGACAGGGCAUCGCCAUGGGUUUCGAUGACGGUGCGGUUGUGGUGAAGAUGGGUCGGGAGGAGCCUGCCGUCUCGAUGGAUGGCUCUGGUAAGCUCAUCUGGGCUAGGCACAGUGAGGUGGUUUCAUCAGUGAUCAAGGGUGGUGAUGCCACAAUCAAGGACGGCGAACCCCUGUCGCUCCCAACGAAAGAUCUGGGACAAUGCGAGGUUUACCCACAGACACUCACCCACUCUCCCAAUGGACGCUUUGUUUCAGUCUGUGGCGACGGCGAAUACAUCAUCUACACCGCAUUGGCGUGGAGAAAUAAGGCUUUCGGACAAGCUCUCGACUUUGCCUGGGGAUCAAAGGACAACAGCAAUGACUACGCUAUUCGCGAGUCAUCGACAAGUGUCAAGAUUUUCAAGAACUUCAAGGAGCAAAGCGCCGGUCUCGACGUCGGCUUCCAGGCCGAGGGUCUGUCCGAUGGUGUUCUUCUCGGUGUGAAGGGCCAGGGCGGUAUUGGUUUCUUCGAUUGGGAGACUGGUAGCCUUGUCCGCAGAAUCGAAGCUGACCCUAAAUCUGUUUACUGGUCCGAAUCUGGUGAACUUGUCACGCUCGCCUGUGAUGAAGAUUUCUACGUUCUUCGCUACUCACGGGAGGAUUACAUCAAUGGCCUGAACGCCGGUGAGGUCGACGAGGAUGGAGUGGAGGCAGCCGUUGAGUUGGUUGCCACCAUCAACGAGACAGUCCGCACUGGUCAAUGGGUUGGAGACUGCUUCAUCUACACCAACUCAACCAACCGCCUGAACUACCUUGUCGGUGAUCAAACCUACACAAUCUCCCACUUCGAUCAGCCAAUGUACGUGCUUGGCUACCUGCCCCGUGAUGGCCGUAUCUACCUUGCCGACAAGGAUGUCAACGCGGUCUCCUUCGGCUUGUCUCUCAGCAUGCUCGAAUACCAGACCGUGGUGCUCCGUGGCGAUAUGGACAUGGCAUCCGAGCUUCUCAGAGACGUGCCCCAGGAUCAGAUGAACAAGGUCGCCCGCUUCCUCGAGGGGCAAGGGUAUAAGGAGAUGGCUCUGGAAGUCGCCACGGACCCUGAGCACCGCUUCGAGUUGGCCCUCGCACUGAACGAUCUUGAAACCGCACUCCUGAUUGCUCGCGAGGCGAACGUCGAGCACAAGUGGAAGAUCGUUGGUGACGCUGCUUUGGCCGGCUGGAACCUUGCUCUGGCCCAGGAGUGCUUCACCAACGCCAAGGAUGUUGGCUCUCUGCUCCUUCUGCACACCGCCAGCAGCAACCGCGAAGGCCUCAAGUCUCUCGCUGCCCAGGCAUCCGAGUCAGGUCUCCACAACGUUGCAUUCUCCACCCUCUGGUCACUGGGAGAUAUCGAUGGUUGCAUCGCCCUCCUCGUUCAGACCAACCGCAUCGCCGAGGCAGCCCUCUUCGCCCAGACCUACAAACCCUCUAGCGCUCCUAAGCUUGUUGUUCAAUGGAAGGAAUCCCUUGAGCAAACAGGCAAGACCAAGGUGGCCCGCCUUAUUGAAUGGGAGCAGUACAUCCAACUAGAGAAGGAUGGCGUUGUUCCUGAGCCUCCCUCGUCCGAGUCUCUGAUCGAUAUCAACGGAGACGACGAGCCUGCCAGCGCCACUAACGGUGCACCCGAAGAGGAGGAGGCCGAGGAGGCCCACGAAGCCGCAGUUGACGAGGCCGACGCUGCCGAGGCCGAGUAA